AUGGCUUCUACAAGUAAAAGAAAUUCUGCAGUGAGAACUCAAAAUAUAUUUUGCCCUGAAGGUGGAGUCUGCAAGCACGGAUUCCUCAUCAAAUCACCACCUCUUCAACUUUUCAGCUCACAGAAUUCCUGGAAAAGACGUUUUUUCAUCCUGUCCAAAUCCAGCAAGGGCAAUUACAUCUUGAUGUACCUGAAAGGCCAGAACAUAAAAGGCUCCAUAGCUGUUGAUCAAAUCAUAAGUAUCAAAGUUGGCAUAAGCAAUUCUGAAAUUAUGGAAACGGUGAGGAAGAUGUUUAAAUGCCUUCCUGAAGAGGUGAUGUCCAUCAGUACUGAAAACAGAUGUUACUACCUCAUUGGGAGCAGCAGGCAGGAAACUGAGGACUGGGUCACUGUGAUAUCUUCAAUCUGCAGGGAGGCCAAAAGAGGUGGAUGCUGCCCUCAGAACCAAGAUCUUCCAAAUCUGGAAGUCAGAAGCCGGACCUCCUCUUCGCCACUGUUCUUGAAUUCUAUAGAUACGACCAGUUUCCCGGAAAGGCAAAGCUACCAGAAGGAGAAUGGCUCCUCAGAAGACAAGAACAGACCUAAUUCAGAUCCUGGCCCUCAUCAGACUCUCUGUGACUUACCAAGAGGAGUUUUUUCAAGCCUGGAAGAUCUGCUGUCAUCAGACACAGAUGAAGACAUGAAAAAGGAUGAAGAAGAUUAUUAUCAAACUCCCAGCAAUGUUUUAGCAAAGUGUAUUACUGAAGUAUCAAAGCCUGACCCUACAGCUGGGUCUAAUGUCCCCGUGCAAGAGCAGCCAGUGCAGGAGAAGCCAGUGCAGAAGAACCCAGUAAAAGAGAACAUUUAUAUGUCAAUGAAAUCACUUAGGUUGCUGGAUGAGAGUUUCCAGCUCAUGUGCAGACAUGAUGAGCUCCCAUCUCCUCCCAAAUGCCAGGACAACAGUGCAUGUCCAAGAGACUUGGAAGCAAACAGAGACCUGAAAUUCUCAGAAAGCAGCACCAGCCAGCAGCCAACCCUCCAGAGGAGGCAAAAUUCAUUACCACUUUCGGUGGUUCAGUUGUCAAUACUGCUCAGUCAAGUUACAGAUGAAACCCAACUGCAGAAAUUGGAUAUUUUCGUCCCCCUGGCUGAUAUUAAUAGUUACCUAAAACUUACCGAAGCAGCAGGACAAAUAUGCGUUUCACAGUGGACUGGUCCUUGCCGACUGGGAUGUUUGUUUAACCAUGGAGACCAUAUAGUGGCUGUGAAUGAUCUGCAACCCCAGGAUGUGGAGGAGGCUUACUUCUUCAUCAGCAGGUCCGCAAGAAAGGAGGUGAAAUUUACUGUAUGUAGAAUUCCACAUUCAGAUGUCUUCCAUGUUAAAGGCUGCUCAUGUUCCUGA